UUCCUGUACUCUGAUUGGCCAGUAUGUAGCCGGGUGAAAAUGGCGGCAACACCUCCUGACGAGGCAGAAAGGAAAGAGGACGGCCUUUACAAUGGAUCCCCGUCCGUUACAAGUCUCCAGAGGGAGAUCAGCCUCGAGAGGAAGGCCAGUGAAUACACACAGAUUUCGGAGGCGAAAGUUCUUGUGGUCUUUACUGGAGGAACUAUCGGAAUGAAGGCACACGGUGGAGUGUAUGUCCCUGAGAAGAACUACCUGGAGAAAACCCUGAUGGAGAUGCCAAUGUUGCAUGACAAGGCCUAUGCUGAACAGCUGAAAGAGGAUAACUUCCAGUUUGAAAAUGCUCCAGACUUCUUUCAGGAAAAUGCUCCCUUGGUGUUACCGUUGUCCAAGUAUGGCAAGCAUGUCCUGUAUUGGAUCCUUGAGUAUGACCCCAUCCUAGACUCCUGCAACAUGAACAUGGAUGACUGGGGGCAGAUUGCUGCUGAUAUAGAGAAAAAUUACCAGUACUUUGAUGGGUUUGUCAUCCUGCAUGGUACUGACACCAUGGCCUACACUGCCUCAGCAUUGUCCUUCAUGUUUGAACAUCUGGGAAAACCUGUCAUUCUGACUGGUUCACAGGUUCCCAUCUAUGAGAUGAGAAAUGAUGGGCGUGACAACUUACUGGGAGCUCUGCUCAUAGCUGGCCACUUUGUCAUUCCUGAGGUGACUUUGUACUUCAACAAUAAGCUGUACCGUGGCAACAGAGUGACAAAGGUGGCCAACCAGAGCUUCCAGGCAUUCGACUCCCCCAACCUGCCACCACUGGUCACCAUGGAGGUGGAAAUACAUGUUGGGGACAUUUUGACUGGCUGGCCAAAUGGUAGAUCUAAAGUUGAGUGGGAUGCUGUGUUCCGCUGUAAUACAAUAGAGAGGUUCAGGGUACAGACGGACAUGGAUCCAAACAUAGGCCUUCUACGACUGUUCCCUGGCAUGAGUCUUCAAACAGUAGAACAUUUUCUGAGCCCUCCUAUGGAAGGAGUGGUGUUACAGACCUAUGGGACAGGGAAUGCUCCCGAUGGCAGGCACGACUUAUUGCAGGCAUUCAAAGAUGCAUCAGACAGAGGCAUACUUAUCGUCAACUGCACACAGUGCCCCAAGGGGGGUGUAGAUUGUUACUAUGCUACUGGAAAGGUAUUGCUGGAUGCAGGGGUGAUCCCAGGGGCUGACAUGACAGUUGAGGCAGCCUUGGCCAAACUUAGCUACUUGUUGGCAAAGAAAGAUGUCACUGCUCAGGAGAGAAGAGAGCUCCUGUCGGAGAACCUGCGGGGUGAGCUGACCAUGGUUGGAGUAGGGAAAGAGUCUAUCUCCCUCACCAGUAACAAGUUCCUACGUCACCUGGCCAGAGCACUACAGCUGGGCUCUGCAGAGGAGAUGCAUGCAGUGCGGGAUGCCCUGUUCCCAGCACUGAUGUGUGCAGCAGCUAAGAAUGGUGACAACAGCACCCUUCAGGCCCUUAUACAGCAGGGAGGGAACAUGGACGCUAAAGACUAUGAUGGAAGGACACCCCUGCACAUUGCCUGCAGUCAUGGCCAUGCAGACACAGUGGAGUUCCUGCUGAAGAAUGGUGCAUCUGUGUACCAACGGGAUGCUGCCGGCCACACAUGCCUCAGAGAUGCCAUCAAGUUCAGGAACUUCCCAAUCAUCAAACUUCUAGUGAAGACUGGAGCAAACCUGUCAAACCAUAUCACACCCAUCCGCAUAGGCAUUGAACUGUGCAGUGCUGCUGCUCACAAUGACAUUGAUGGUCUGCGAUCCUGGAUUCUGGCUGGGGCAGACCCUAAUCAGCCAGAUUACAGCAGCAGGACAGCUUUACAUGUGGCUGUAGGUGAGGGGCAUGUGGAGGCUGUCAAGUAUCUCAUGGACCAUGGAGCAAUCCCUACACUACAAGAUCCCCAUGGUACAACAGCUGUGAUUGAAGCCCGUAUCAGAGACCACAUGGACCUUAUCCCUCUGCUGGACAAAGAUGCAUGUUGUACUGAACCACACCCUGCAAAGGGAGCAGCCCCUGCAAAGGAAGAGCCAGUGUCUCCCAGUAAAAGGAGAUUCUCACUCGGAGCCAAGUUUUUCAGCAAAAAGAACACUGAGUCAGGGGACUAGCCAUCCAAAGUCUUUGGCUAUUUUCCUGGACAGUUUAUGGGGAACAAAAGAGGAGCAUGCAAUGUAUUGGAUGGAUAGUUAAUGUUCAUACGGGUAUUGACAAGAAUUAAGAGACGUUCCAUGCUGAUUCAGGUUGUUUGAACAGUCUGUAGGAGUUAGAAAUUGAGAACUUGUUGCUGAUUUUAUUAUGGUUAUGGUUUUUCAGUGUAGAUGUUACAGCAACAAUCAGUAGAAUAUUAGUCCAUGGAGAUUGCUGCUAUGGUUCAUUGAAGUUCCUUGUACAGUUACAUGGACCUUACGUUGCACAGUGUUGAACAGUGCAUACUUAUACUUAACAUACUUAAGUAUAAUACAGUCUCAUACUUAACAUUUCUAUACAUUGUUACUUCUCAAGGAGAAGAGUUUCAUUUUGUUCACUAUUGUUGACCAGUAUCAUCAAGGAUUGAAGUAAGGAGAUGACAGAUGAGAAAAUCCAUACUACUUUUUGUGCCAAAAUCUAAACCAUAUUGUUAUAUUUUUCAUGGCAAAUUAAGAUAGAUAAGUAUUAGUAUUACACAGGUUGAAACAUUGCUGUUGUUGCUGCUGUUUUUGUUAAACUUGGAUGUACUUCAGUUAAGAAUCUUAUAUGUGACGUUACCUUUGAUUUGAUGAAAGCAACCAAAAGAUGUGUACUUAUUACAUCAAGUCCAAAAUGCACAGAAAUAUAUAAAGACUGCUUAUAUACUUUGAAAAAGUACUGUCCUGACUCACUGUAGUAAUGUAACUAUUGUUAAGUGUUGCGGGAACUAGAGCUUAACUAAGGCUGGAAUCAAACUUCAAGCUACAUACAUGUAGAUUCAAAAUCUGCCAAAUGUUGCUGUAGAGAAACAAGACUAAACUUACGCAUUUCUAAGAAAGACAAAGACGUGACAGUUGAAUGAAGAUAAUGAAUAAAGCCAUCUAUGCAUUGUCA